AUGUCGGAAGAAGAAAAAGUGAAUGCUUCCUCGGCUCAGGCUCAAGCCCCAGCUGCGGAGGAACCAAAGAAAGAGAAGACCCCAAAGCAGUUGGAGAACGAGAGAAAGAAGGCUGAAAAGAUGGCCAAAUUUUUAGCAAAGAAGAAGAAGCAGGAGGAGGAUGCUAAGAACAAAAAGCCUGCUGAGAAGAAACCCAAGAAGGAGAAAAAGGUCGCUGAGCCUGUUCCUGAAUGGAAAGACGAGACCAAGCCAGGUGAGAAGAAGAUUUUGGCUUCUUUGGACGAUGCCGCUUUUAAGGCGUACAACCCUAAGAAUGUUGAAAGCUCUUGGUACGCUUGGUGGGAAAAGCAGGGCUACUUCGAGCCUGAACUUGAUGAGGGAAAGGUUAAGAAAGAAGGUCAAUUCACGAUACCCGCUCCUCCACCAAACGUCACUGGUGCCUUGCACAUUGGACAUGCUUUGACCAUUGCAAUUCAGGACACUUUGAUCAGAUACAACAGAAUGAAGGGUAAGACCACUUUGUUCUUGCCUGGUUUCGACCACGCAGGUAUUUCCACUCAGUCUGUUGUGGAGAAGCAGGUUUGGAAGAACGAAAAGAAGACUAGACAUGACUAUGGUCGUGAAAAGUUUGUUGACAAGGUUUGGGAAUGGAAGGAAGAGUACCAUGCAAGAAUCAAGGACCAGGUCAAGAGAUUGGGUGCUUCCUACGAUUGGACCAGAGAGGCCUUCACUUUGAACCCUGACUUGUCCGCUGCUGUGGUCGAGGCUUUCGUCAGAUUACACGAAGAUGGCACCAUUUACCGUGCCUCUAGAUUGGUCAAUUGGUCGACGAAAUUGAACACCGCCAUCUCCAACUUGGAGGUUGAGAACAAGAACAUUUCCGGUAGAACCUUGUUGUCUGUGCCAAACUACGAUGAGAAGAUUGAGUUCGGUGUUUUGACCUCCUACUCGUAUCCAGUCGUGGACUCUGAUGAGAAGAUCACCGUUGCCACCACCAGACCUGAAACCUUGUUUGGUGACACUGGUGUGGCUGUUCACCCCGAGGACCCUCGCUACAAGCACUUGCAUGGCAAAUUUGUUCAGCACCCAUUCUUGGACCGUAAGCUUCCAAUUGUCACCGACUCCGAGGCUGUUGACAUGACUUUCGGUACUGGUGCUGUGAAGAUCACUCCAGCUCACGACCAAAACGAUUACAACACUGGUAAGAGACAGAACCUUGAGUUCGUCAAUAUCUUGACUGACGACGGUUACUUGAACGAGAACUGUGGCGAUUGGAAGGGAAUGAAGAGAUUCGACGCCAGAGCCAAGGUCAUUGAGGAAUUGAAGAAGUUGGACUUGUACGUUGACCAAAAGGACAACGAGAUGACAAUUCCAACCUGUUCCAGAUCUGGAGACGUGAUUGAGCCAUUGUUGAAGCCUCAAUGGUGGGUCAAGCAAGAUGACAUGGCCAAGGAAGCUAUCAAGGCUGUCAAGAGCGGUGAAAUUACCAUCACCCCACAGUCUUCCGAGAAAGAAUACUUCCAAUGGUUAGAGAACAUCCAGGACUGGUGUAUUUCCAGACAAUUGUGGUGGGGUCACAGAUGUCCUGUUUAUUUCGUCAACAUUGAGGGCAAAGAAGGCGACCGCUUGGACAACAACUACUGGAUUGCCGGUAGAUCCUAUGAGGAAGCUUUGGAGAAGGCAGAGAAGAAGUUCCCUGGUGUCAAGUUCACUUUGGAGCAGGAUGAGGAUGUUUUGGACACCUGGUUCUCGUCUGGUUUGUGGCCAAUUUCUACCUUGGGCUGGCCAAACCAGAGCGAGGAUCUCAAGCUCUUUGCUCCUAUGUCCAUGUUGGAGACUGGUUGGGAUAUCUUGUUCUUCUGGGUUUCUCGUAUGAUCUUGUUGUGCUUGAAAUUGACUGGUAAAGUUCCCUUCAAGGAGGUGUUCUGUCACUCUUUGGUCAGAGAUGCUCAAGGAAGAAAAAUGUCUAAGUCCUUGGGUAAUGUGGUCGACCCAUUGGAUGUCAUCAGUGGUAUCUCCUUGGCAGACUUGCACGAGAAGUUGAAGGUUGGUAAUUUGGAUGCCAGAGAAAUUGAGAAGGCAUCCGCUGGUCAAAAGCAAUCAUACCCUAAUGGUAUCCCAGAGUGUGGUACUGAUGCCUUGAGAUUCGCUUUGUGUGCCUACACCACCGGUGGUAGAGACAUCAAUUUGGACAUUUUGAGAGUUGAGGGUUACAGAAAGUUCUGUAACAAGAUGUACCAGGCCACCAAGUUUGUCUUGGGUAGAUUGGGCGCAGACUACAAGCCUCCAGCAACUCAGAAGAGAACUGGAAACGAAUCUUUGGUUGAAAAGUGGAUCUUGCACAGAUUGACAACUGCUACCCAGAGCUUCACCGAGCACAUCGAGAAGCGUGAAUUCUCUGAGACCACAAGCGCAGUCUACAACUUCUGGUACGACUUGUGUGAUGUGUACAUCGAAAACUCCAAGCACUUGAUCCAAGAUGGUACUGCCGAGCAGAAGAAGUCUGCUCAGGACACCUUGUACACCUGUAUUGAUCAAGGUUUGAAGAUGAUUCACCCAUUCAUGCCUUACGUCACUGAGGAGAUGUGGCAAAGAUUGCCACGUAGAUCUGGCGACGAAACGCCGUCUAUCACCAUUGCUCAAUUCCCAGAGUAUGAUGCUUCAUUUGACGACAAGGAGGCUCACGAUGCUUACGAGUUGGUGUUGGCCAUCACCAAGGGCGCCAGAUCUUUGCUUUCCCAGUACAACAUCUUGAAGAACGGUCAAGUUUACGUUGAGACCUCUGACGAGAACGUUAGAAAGAUUGCCAAGAAUCAGGACCACUCAAUGGUGUCGUUGAUCAAGGGUGUGGAGAAGAUUGAGGUGUUGGAGGCCGGUCAGCCCGUUCCUAGUGGAUGUGCUUUGAACGGUGUCAAUGCCAGCACCAAUGUCCAUGUUUUGGUGAAGGGUCAAAUUGACUUGGACGCCGAGAUUGCAAAGGUUACCAAGAAGUUGAGCAAUGUCAGAGAGUUGGACGGUAAGUUGAAGGAUUCGAUUGGCAAGUUUACCGACAAGACGAAACCUGAAGCCAAGGAGGCUGCCUAUAAGAGACAGGAGAACUUCAAGGCAGAAAUUGAGGGCUACGAGCAGACGAUCGCUAUCUUGGAGAAGUUGAAGCUUUAG